CUCACUUCUUUUUUGCAAAGCAACAGCUCAAGAAUAUGAUGCUAUAAUGGAAAUUCUCCAUCGAUAUGAAAUAGCAUCUGGACAAGCUGUUAAUUUUCAAAAAUCUGCCAUUAAGUUUACUAAAGAUAAUAAAACAGAUGGAAGCAGUAACCGAAGGUUUUGGUGGUCUUCUCAGCAAGAGAGAGGAAAAGUCAAUUGGAUUUCAUGGGAUAAAUUGACUGACCCCAAAGAUCUAGGAGAGCCCAAAAUCUUUGCUUGCAAGGGUGUAUAAAUCAAAAUAUUAUCCAAAAUCUACUUUGCUUGAAGCAAAACAAAGUUGGGCUGCAAGUCAUGCUUGGCGAAGCAUACUGAAAGGUAACAAGCUGCUUAGGCAGGGUAUCAAAUGGAUUGUAGGUAAUGGUAAAGAGAUUAAUACUUGGAAAGAUCCUUGGUUGCCUAUAAAUCCUUCUAACCCGCCUAUGGGUCCAGGUGCUAACAUUUUCCCUAACCUCAAAGUAUGUGAUUUGUUCAAAGAAGGAUCACAUGAUUGGGAUGAUGAUAAACUACGUGAAUUAUGUGAUCCUUUGGAUAUCCCGCUCAUCAAGUUGAUAAGACCGUCUUUGACUGGAGCUUCAGAUGGUAUUACUUGGAUGCAUACUCGGCAAAAGAGGUCAGUUUUCUUCAGUUCCAACUCAGGCUUUUAAAACUAUCUGGAAGCAGGAUAUUCCACCAAAAAUUAAACAUUUUUGGUGGAGAGCUUUUCAUCACUCACUGCCUGUAGCAAUGCAGUUGAAGCAGAAACAUAUUCUUCAAGAUAGUACUUGCCAAGUUUGUGGAGAAAAAACAGAAUCAGUGGAACAUCUCAUUUUCAACUGUAGAGUAAGCAAGGAAAUAUGGGAUUUGGCUCCGGUAAUCAAACCAUCUUCCUUUCAACUUAAUCAUCAGAACAUUAAUGAAAUUUAUAUGUCCUUUGUGGAAGCUAAUCAUCAUGAAAAAGAUCACAUCCUCUUUUUCCACAUGCUAGGAUGGCGAAUCUGGAAGCAAAGAAAUGAUGUCAUUUUUAACAAUACUAGAUGGCCAAUUCCGCAAAUAAUUCAUAAGACGAUGGUGGAUUUUAAGUUGUGGAAGGAUGCAAUGAUGGCAAAUGAUCAGCAAAUUCAUCAAGCAGAACGUAGUAGAAAUUAUGAGCAAAGAAACGAGAAUUCUAUUGUAGCUGAGGAUGUUCAUCACAAUUCACAAGCAGCUAAUCGUUUCUUUUGUUGUGUAGAUGCAUCAGGCAUAGGAUGGAUCUUAUAUAACAGUGGCGGUCAACGUUUGCUUUGCGGGUCUUCUGCAAUAGAACCAACACAGUCAUCCAUAGAAUCAGAGGCUGAAGCUCUCAGAAUGGCGGUAAUUAACCUUCGCAGACUUGGGUACAAAGGAGUAACAAUAUGUGGCGACUUACAAGGACUUUAUGUUCCUCUUCAACAGACCCAAAGUCUACUCAGCUCACAUGAAGGCCAUCAUCUACCAUGGGCGACGUUUCUAUAUGAUAUUCAGAAACUGGCUACUCCAUGUGACUUCACAUUUAGGAAGGUUAAUCGUGCAUCAAACAGAGAUGCUGAUGAUUUAGCAAAAAAAGCUAGGAUAACAUUGCAAAAUCAUGUAAUUAAAUGGCUGUUGUAAGGUUCUUUUAUGAAAUGAACAAAUUGACGACAAAAAAAAAACAAUCU